UCCUCUCCAGCACAGGGGGCGGCGGUGAGGAGGGCUGUAGACCAGCCCAGUGUGAGCUCCUGCAGCCAGGGUCGGGCGGGCUAUCCGCUGCUGCUGCUUCCUCCUGUCCCUGCACUGAUUCAUACUGCAGCUUCCCCGGGAACCGUGCGGUCCCUGCACCUGGAUCCCCCGCACACUGCAGGUGGAACGUCGAGCCUUCGAAAGCGGAUUAAAAGAAUCUUGUGACACGAAGUAGCCACUGUUCCCGGUAACCUGAAUGUGUUGCUUAGUUUCCAGCAGCUCCGUUGGCCCUUGCCCAGUACUGGAAUGUAGCCUCACAUAUGCAAGCUCCUUCUUUAUUGUAUGUGGCUUUGUAUUGCCGCUACUCGCCUUUACUGGAGAGAAGCCUGCCAGUGCCUAUGCAGCGGUAAUGCACCACAUGAUGCUAGGACUAUUUUCCUCUGACGAUGCCCAUUACUCAGGAGAAUGCUGCAUUUCAUCUCACACUCUUUCACCAGUGGCUGCAGGACCAUCUCCCGGUGGAGGAUGGUGGACCAGAGAAGACCUUGUACCUUGCCGCCGUCCAGAAGCUCAAGGAAUACAUACAGCUCAACUUCGUUUUGGACGAAGCCACGCCUGGCGACCAUCAGAGAACUGUAGACCUGGAAAUCUGCACGGUUUACCUCGCCAGGGACGAUGGAGGCGAUGAUGACAGGGUCCUUGGCCUAAAUUUUGGAAACAUUCCCAUUUUUGGACACUGCGGGGAAAAGCAUAGAGGUGGCAAGAAGAGGAAAGUGCAGAACGGGCCGGUGCUUGACGUUGGAUGUAUAUGGAUAACUGACUUGAAAAAGCAGAGUCCGGCCGCAAAAAGUGGGAAGAUAAAGCUUCGGGAUGAGGUCCUGUCAUUGAAUGGGCAACUGAUGGUUGGUGUUGACGUCUGUGGUGCCAGUUACCUGGCCGAACAGUGCUGGAAUGGCGGAUUCAUCUACCUGAUCAUGUUACGCCGCAUUAAACGCAAAGCUCCUCUUCCUCCUUCCAAUGGCGGCCAAAGCAACACCUGUCAACCCAAAGCAACCACUUCUACCUCGCAGCCGAGCGUUAAAGCGGCACAAAGCGGAAAGAGAACCAGGAAAUUUGGCGUCAUCUCAAGGACCUUGGCCAAAGACAGCAAGGAUGGUGAUGGCGGCGGGCAGGCGGGUGCCCAUGAGAAUGGGCAUUGUUCUCCUAUGGAGCUGGAUGGAGGCCACUCUAGUGAGGAGGCUGCUGGACUGGACGGUUACACGAGACAGGACUCUCACAGCAGUUACGACGAGGAGAAGUGCGAUUACCACGUGCCAAAGGCUGCCAGGACGGUGUCUAAAUCAAGUGACUGUCCUGUCCAGCAGGAAGGCUGCUGCAUAUGGAAGAUGCACAUAGUAAAGGGAUCGGACGGGCUGGGAAUCCAAAUCACCGGUGGCCGAGGUUCAAAGAGGUCUCCUCAUGGCAUUGUCAUUGCCCACGUAGAAGAGGGAGGCUCAGCCGACAGGGACGGCAGACUGAAGGCGGGAGACGAGUUACUGAUGAUAAAUGGCCAGUCGCUGGUGGGGCUCUCGCAUCAAGAAGCCGUAGUUAUUCUCCGGGCUACAGUCGGACUGGUACAGCUUGUGGUGGCCAGCAGGGACGGCACAGACGUGGACUUCUGCAAAUACCCAUCCACGAGUCUGCCGGACUUAGUGAGUGCGUGCGCCGCCCAGGACACUCACACUGACAAUAAAGAGAACGUGGAGCCAGAUGGGGAAGAGGAGAAGGGAUGCGGGGUCCCCCCAGCAGCUGUGACUGAAACGGACGACUUUCAAGAGAAGAUAUUGGAGGAUGAUACUAAGGGAAUCUGCCAGAGCCCCACCCUAGGUACCAGUCUCCUGAAGUACAGGAGCCGAUCACAAGGAAGCGGCAGCCGCUUGGAGUCGGUGGGAGAAGAUGACGAGCUGGCAGUGGCCAACGGAGACACUUAUAUCGAUAAAGGAGACAGACUUUCAUGUGGGGGUCGGAAACAUUCCCUGCCGCAGCAUCUGGAACCCACAGGGUCCCGACAGGAAUACGCUUUCGUGAAGAAGACGGCGAGGUCUCUAAGCACUGCGCAGGUGGAGUCCCCCUGGAGGUUCGCUCAGCCAUCCAUCAUCUCAAAUAUCGUCUUAAUGAAGGGCCAAGGGAAGGGUCUCGGGUUCAGCAUUGUCGGGGGCCAGGAUUCUGCCAGAGGCCGGAUGGGAAUCUUUGUAAAGACGAUUUUCUCAAAUGGAGCUGCAGCUGCGGAUGGGCGACUAAAAGAAGGAGAUGAACUCCUGGAAGUUAAUGGAGAGUCGCUGCAAGGGCUGACGCACCAAGAAGCUAUUCAGACAUUUAAGCAACUCAGGAAAGGCGUAGUAACUUUAACCGUGCGUACCCGUCUGCGCAGUCCCACCCUGACACCUUGUGCCACGCCAACCUUAAUGAGCCGCUCCAAUUCCCCAAACUCCAGCAUCAGCAUUGGCACGCCUGUGCCCGCCUCGGAAGACGGUGACUCCUCUUCUCUGUGUCGCAGGGGACCUGGUCCCAAAGACAGGGUCGUAAUGGACGUAACACUUAACAAAGAGCCAGGGGUCGGUAUAGGCAUUGGCGUCUGCUGCCUUACGCUCGAAAACAGCCCUCCGGGGAUCUACAUCCAUAGCCUGGCGCCGGGGUCCGUAGCCAAGAUGGAUGGAAGACUAAGCCGCGGCGAUCAGAUCCUGGAAGCUGACUCUGUGAGUCUCCGCCAUGCUGCGCUAAGCGAAGCCUACGCCAUAUUGAGUGAAUGUGGGCCAGGACCCGUAAGCCUGAUCAUAAGCCGUCACCCAAAUCCAAAGAUGUCCGAGCAAGAAAUGGAUGAGGCUAUCUCUCGGACCACGCAUCGCGAGAGCAAAGACUCGGGGUCCCCCCACAUGCCAGGUCUGCAUUUGAAGAGCCCGUCCCCGACUGUAAAACCAAAGCAAGCAGACGGGUCAGCACCGCUGAGCUGGACUAUGAAACGCUUCCUGGAACCCGCCAGCAGGGGUUCUGUGAGCUCUGAAGUGGAGCUGUCACAGUACUUUUCCCAAGACGCCCCCAGCCAGUCCUCUCUCUCCGACACGGUAGUGACGGGCUCUAGCGAGGACGAGCGGCUUCGCCUGCGGAGUGCCAGCGUCUCUGUGGAGGAAAACGCUGCUCCCUUCAGCACUGCCAAAAAUGGAGCAGCCAAAGGACAAGUUUCCGUUUGCUUCUCUCCGAUAAACGGGAUAAUCGCAACGCCUGGUAGCAAACAUUGCCCUUCGAAGCAGAGCAGUGUGGAUGAAAGCCCCCAGUCCAUGAGAAGUCCUCUCCAGCGGCAGCAGAGAGUUGUCUGCUACGAUGACGAUGAAGUCGCCAGUGAAGAGGAUGAUUUCAGCAAGAAAGACGACCGGCACUUUUGCGAUACCAGGAAAAAGAACGCAGAUGAGGAUUCCGGGAUUGUUAUGACUACUCCCCUGGAUGUCGAAGAGGAAAUUCAGUCUGAGGACUUGCCGAGAAGCAUGGUCGGCGAGGCAGGGCCAUCUCUGUGCAGCAGUUCCGUGGAAUCUGAGGACAGCUCAAUGGAACAUAUGGUGGAGUCGCCCUUUUUUGCCAUUAAAGCUUUUGAUUACUCUGGCAGGACUGAGGUUCGCCCAGAUACUUUAGGAAUAAAGGACCCCUUUGAAGGACAGCCUGAAAACAAGAGGUCCCCUAAACUGGAACACAAAGCUGUGACCAGAGUAAAGAGCAUGAUUAACUCGGAAAGCCUUAACGCCUCCAAGCAGAAAAACGAGGACAACAGAUCUUCUCCAAAGCCCUCAAAGAUGACCCCACAGGUGAAGAAGGCGGAAGGAGCGGAGAUAUUAAGCAGACCUAGCACAGAAACCGUGGAUUUACUCUGUAGCGAAUAUGAGUCUGUUGGGUUACAUUUGGAGAUAAAAGAGUCGCCUGUCAGAGUUAUAAUAACCGGUUUGAGUCAUGGGGAAACAGAUAAGGAGUCUAUGGGGAAGUUGGCUCCUGGAGAUGAGAUCCUGACAAUUAACGGCAUCCAAGUGAGCGACCUCUCUUACCAGGAGACCUGUGAUUACGUCCAGUGUUUGCCCUCAGCUGUAACAUUAGAAGUCCGGAAACCGGUAUCAGCUGUGGAUAGAUUGUCCCACAUUAUCAUGGCAUCCGGAGCAGACACAACACCAUAUGAUCGACAGGAGGAGUCUGUUGAGAAAUUACAGUGCAAUAACCACUCUCAAGAAUGCAAUACUAUUAAUGGUUUCUCAAUUAUUGACUCAGCGUCGUCUUCUUCAGCUGCCACAGAGGAGGAAAAAUUGCCACACAGCUAUUGCUCCUCACCUGGUCACUGUGAUGGGACUUCGGUUACCAACAUUGAUGAGUUUAUUCAUGAUCAACAACAAUGUGAAUCAAACGCUCUAUCAAUGGGAGCAUUAAGCCAAGCUAAGAACAUGGAAACCGUUACAGUCUCUGAACACGCACCUUCCUUUAAAGCUGAUAUGGCUGCACUUGAACCACCCAAGGUUUCUCCUGUCACAGCCAGCCAAGCAGACGAUAGGGGUAACCUCCUUGGAUUUACAUUUUUGGACUCUAUUGCAAUAAACAAAACCACCGCUGUUAAAAACAGCCUGAGUAAUUACUGUAGGAAUUUCAGCAACCUGGCUACUGAUGAUUUCUCACUGUCCGAACAGCUUGAUAGCAGCUCUUUCGAACUUUCAAAUUGUAUGUAUGGGGCAGCGGAGGACUCUGACAGCGAAUCGUUGCUGGAAGUCCCUUCGGAUUCUACGAGCGAUAUGAUUUCGUCCCUUCAAAACCAGUCUUUUGCAUCGGAAACUCAGACCACCACAGAUUCCGAGGAUGAGCAAAUUGAGAUCUGUUUCCCCACCAAAAGAGAUGACGUUGAAAUGCAGAAGGCAUCCCGUUUUUGUCCUACGCUACAGUUUAAUAGGGAAGCCUGCCAAUUACAGCCGGAGAAAAGUUCCUCUUGCCCCAACAGUCUGCAGAACUUCAGUCAAUGUCCAGUUAUAGAAGACAAGGACGUUGUUGGAAAAAGGGCCAAUAUGACAUUGUUAGAUGCUUCCUCUAUGUCACUUCAGGAGGAUUCUCAGGAACUUCAUGAUGGCCAUGCCUUAAAUACAGAAGAUCCGGUGAAGGAGGGUAUGAUUACAAGUAACACUGCAAGAGUCAUGGUGCCUUUGGGCAGUGAUUCUAUAGAUAUUAGCUCCCCAACCUGUUUGAAUUCUGUUGAUAAACACGAUGAUUGUGGCAGUGAAGCAGUUGAAGAAACUCUUAAUGGAAGGCCUAAUAAUAAUUCUAAAGACCCAACCGGUGCCACUAAAUCCUCCGUUACAAGCAAAAGUAACCAAGCUUCUACAUUAAUUGAGAAAAAGGUGCAUGGUACAACCGAAACUAAAGCUUCAAAAAGUUUAACCAUGAAAACCUCAACUGUGGAUAAAUACAAGCUAAACAAUACUAGUACAAAACUACAUAAUGACAGUAAGAGGCCAAGCAGCAACCUUGAUAUACUCAGUGGUCAGAUACCCAAGCCAGGGCCAAAGCUGAAAGGACUCAUUAUUAAGAGCAAAAACAGGGUGAGCUCUGAUGUGGCUAAAUCCAACAAUUGCAAGGCUGAAAGUCAUAACUAUAGAAAGUCAUCCCCACAGCCAUCGCCUAAACUUCUUCAUAAGAGGUCCGCCAUAGCAGAUGGCUCAUCUUCUGCAAGUGAAUUAGGUUCCAGGACUUGGAAGACCAACGAGGAUGAACAGAAACACAAGACGGUGAUAUCUUUAACUAAGGUUGAUUCACCGUCAACCUCAUGCACCAAGCCCGGUAAUUUUAGCAAAGAGAAAUUGAAUUUCAAUGGAAUGGGAAAAUGUUCACAUGUGGACAACCUAGAGGAGAAGUACUCUGCCAACAUGGCUAGUGUGGAGUUGGAAAAAAAGCUUAAAACCGGGAAUAAGAUCCUUGUAUCAACAAACCAGGGAAAAGAUAUCAGCGAUGGACCGUUUGGAAAGAGUGAUGCCACCAGCAAUGGACCAUAUGGAAAGUGUGAUGCCAUCACAGAUUGUAAAUCUAAAGGAAGCCUGAAUGGACUUUCUAGAAGCUUCACAUCGACCAAAAAUGAAACUCAGCGUGCGGAUCCUUUUGCGGCCCAUGAAGAACAAGUAGAUAGCCACGACAUUCGGCGUACAUUUAUGGAAGUCAAGUUAUCUACUAGUACUUUAUCACCUGCAAACCACACUUCCUUAAAACACAACAACCGGAAGAAAGACGAUAUUUUCCCCUGCGAUGGCUUCGCUAUCGUUUUUACACCAGCCAAAAUCAAACAAGAGGUCAAUCUGGCCGAGAAGCCACCUACUGGGUCAAAGUCAGUGACCAGAACUUAUUCGGUGCCAACACAGCUCUCCAACGCUGUCAACCAUAAUGCGAUAAACGGAAAGGGAAGCCCGGUGGAUGAUGGCCCUCUUUCACCAGUGUCCAGUCCAAGUAUGGAUGACUAUGUUGCGCAAGAUUUUCAGAAAGCCAACGAAGAGCAUCAGGUUGCACAUGAAAAAAGCUCCAUAAGGUAUGAUGUCCUAAGGACUAUUAAGAGAAAUUAUUAUUACGAACUUAAUUUGUCGCACGAGGUUAUGUCUUCUCUUACCGUCAAGCAGAGGAUUAAGUCUUUUGAAAAUCUGGCCAAUUUUGAUAAAACUGUAAUGAAGGUGAUCGAAAUAAAUAAUACUCCUUUUUCGUUCAAACCGCCCCUCAGUCGAAGGUCUUCUGGCUCCAUACCCUCACAUACACGCUCCAAUGAGAAUACAAAUAUUCUGAGGCGCAGCUUAAGCUCGUGCUGUGAUAACCAAAGCGAAAUAUUUUUAGCAGGGCAAAUGAAGAAGUCCCCUUCGAGCGUGACCUUAUCAAGUGCUGAGAAAUUGCCCGUGGAUCCAAUACAGGAAAAACCUCUUCACGAGUCCACCAGGAUUCAAAAGACUGAAAACGCUGUACAAGGGGUGCAGGUCAGGAAAAGUAGGGUGGCUUCAAGCCACAUACGGCCAUCUCUGUCUCGCUCUAAACUGCGGGAACUGAGAGCGUUGAGCAUGCCAGAUCUGGACAAGCUGUGCACCGAUGAUUUCUCUGUGGAACCUAAAGCCCCGCAGUGUAAAGCAGAUGUCGAGGUUUCACCUAGGACAUCACCCGUAGACGGCGCUUUGCCUGCCCAGAACGGGACUCGGUUAAGUUCUAUAGACUUUAGCGGUGGAACGCUUGGAUCUGCGUAUGAUGGUGAUGUAAUACAGAAUGGGGAACUCAGCCGAAGAUCCUGGUCCGUCAGCUUGGACCAGCUCAUCGUCUCUACCAGGGACCAGCAGAAGCUGCAGGCUGUUUUGACUUCUGUCGCGUCCAAAUCAGAUAUCAUCACUCUGAUUCAGGAGGCCAAAACGCAAGUGGAGAGAAAAGAAGACGUCUACUUUGUAGUACUUAGUAAAGAGGAGGGGGCCGGUCUGGGCUUCAGCGUUGCCGGAGGCGUUGACCUGGAGCAGAAGUCGGUCACAGUGCACAGAGUAUUCUCCCAAGCAGCUGCGUCGCGGGAGGCCAUCAUUGAGCGAGGCGACGGCAUACUCUCCAUCAACGGCUGCUCCCUGCGCGGUGCAGCCCACGGCGACGCUCUAGGGGCCCUGCACAGGGCCAAGCUGCACCGGGAAUCUGUCAUUGUGAUCAGGAAGGAGCGGCCGUACAGACCAGACACGUCUGCCUCGGGAGGAAGACACGCCACAUCUGGAAGGGAUGUCACUAUGGCAACACACCCAGCUAAUGUGGAUCUGCUGGAUGCGGUUUGUGUGGAACUUCAUAAGACAUCCGCAGGGCUCGGCUUCAGCCUGGAUGGAGGAAAAGCUUCUAUUUAUGGGGACAGGCCGCUCUUUAUCAAAAGGAUUUUUAAAGGUGGCGCCGCUGAGCAGGCUGGGAGGAUAGAAGCCGGCGACGAAAUAAUUUCAAUCGGCGGCAAAGCUCUCAUUGGCCUCAUGCACUACGACGCCUGGAAUAUAAUUAAGUCCGUCCCCGAGGGGCCGGUACAGUUGCUCAUCAGGAAGCACAGAACUGCGGUGUGACAAUAGCGGUUUCUCAUACACAACGAGGACCCUAUCAAUCUGCAGGGCGGUGAUUCCGCUGGCCAACCCUGAGCUGCCGGGGAAGUUUACAGUGUUACAUGACGUGAACAUUAAUCAGAGCUUUCCUGCCAGCCCCUGGGAGAUAGCCGCUCUGCGGUGACUGCGCCACUGGACGUUGCGCCCAUACGGUGACAGCCAACAGGUCUCAGUUUCCUUUGUGGUGAUUACACUUGAAUAGUACAUUUAUUUAUAUCUCUUUUGAACACUUUAUUCUAUUUAGUGGAAAUAUUGUUUUACUCAAUUUAAACAACCACAUUGCGCUAAACUUCCAGGAGCUAACUGCUGUUGGACAAUGCAGGGGGCGUUUCAGCAGCAGCGGAACGUUUUCUGUGUAGCAUGCGUUGAUAUAGUGUCAUGCAUCUUCAGUUCUCUCAUUGGGGCAGAUGUAUUAAGCCUGGAGAAAGGGAUAAAGCAGUGAUAAGU